GACGGAGGACGUCGCGCAGUGCUGCCGGCACAGAGAGGCGGGGAGAGAACCCCCAUUUUUUUACGGUUUGGGAUGAUUUUUUUAACGUCCCCCUGCCCCUCAUGCGACUAAAGAAACGGUGAAGUUGGAACGUUUAAAAUAAAGACACACACACACACAUAUAAAAAAAAAAACAGCAAAAAUGUUGAAUCCAUUCUCCGCUGCUGCGCCCACCUCCUCCCGCUGAAUACCGACCCGGGCCAACAAACCCAGCGCUCCCAAAUCCUAACCGGGCAUUGAGGCUGGCACGCGGCGGGGGCACCGACUGCUUUCUACCCGCCCCGGACUGCCCUCCUUCCCCGCUGCUGGCGGGAUUCAUCCUCCGAGGUGUCUUCCGGCGAGACUCUGCUUGAAUUCCAUACCCUGUGGUCCUGGGAAGAGCGUUAUGGCUCAGACGCUGCAGAUGGCGAUCCCUAACUUUGGCAACAACGUCCUGGAGUGUCUGAACGAACAGCGGCUGCAGGGCCUCUACUGUGAUGUCUCCGUGGUCGUCAAGGGGCAUGCCUUUAAGGCUCAUCGUGCCGUUUUGGCAGCCAGCAGCUCCUACUUCCGUGAUCUGUUCAAUGCUGGGGGGAAGAGCUCGGUGGUGGAGCUACCUCCGGCUGUGCAGCCACAGAGCUUCCAGCAGAUUCUGGCCUUCUGCUAUACGGGACGCCUCAGCAUGAAUGUUGGAGACCAGUUUCUGCUCAUGUACACUGCCGGCUUCCUCCAGAUCCAACAGAUAAUGGAGAAAGGCACAGAGUUUUUCCUCAAGGUCUCAUCUCCAAGCUGUGACUCCCAAGGUCUCCACACAGAGGAGACCCCAUCCUCUGAACCCCAGAGUCCUGUCACUCAGACAGUGGGAGGGGGGGGUGCCGUAGGAAGGCCUGCUUCCUGUCUGACGCCUCUUCCACUGGUAUCCAAGGAGGGCUCACCCUACUCUGUGGUCUGCACCCCCGUUGCCAAGCGGCUGUGGGAGGGGGCAAACCGGGACGGGGGAGGAGGCUCUGGAGGAGGCGGAGGAGGUGGAAUGAGAAAGGCUGCACGCUACUCUUCCUCCUCAUCUUCUUCCUCCUCCUGUACCACGUUAACGCAGGACGCAUCUGGGCGUGGACCCGCGGCUAGUGCUGCGAUGGCGGGCAGUGGCGGUGCCACUUUAGUGGGAGGAGCUGGACUCAACAGUAACCACAGUAGUAACAACAACAACGGCGGGACCCCCGAAGGCACGAGUCCAGGAACACUGAGCAUGUACACAAGCGACUCACCAAUCAGUUACCAUGAUGACGAGGAAGAGGAUGAGAUCGUAGAUGAAAGCGCUGAAGAGCAGUACAGACAGAUCUGCAACAUGUACACCAUGUACAGCAUGCUAAACGCUGGAGCAGCAGUGGUAGGAGAACGGGUGGAGGCUUUGCCAGAUUUGGCUCCCGACUCAGCAGGCGGGCGGGGAGGCAAAGGAGGGCGGUCCCGGCAGGACCUGGCAUCACUGCCCGCCGAGCUCAUCAGCCAGAUCGGUAACCGCUGCCACCCGAAGCUCUACGAGGAAGGCGACCCAGUAGAGAAGCUGGAGUUGGUCAGCGGCACCUCUGUCUUCAUCUCCCGCGCCCAGCUCAUGAAUUGUCACGUCAGCGCUGGCACCCGCCACAAAGUGCUACUCAGACGGCUGCUGGCCGCGUUCUUUGACAGGAGCACACUGGCUAACAGCUGUGGAACCGGCAUCCGCUCGUCGACCAACGACCCCAGCCGGAAACCUUUGGACAACAGAGUUCUGCACGCCGUCAAAUUCUACUGCCAGAACUUUGCACCGAGCUUCAAGGAGAGCGAGAUGAACGCCAUUGCAGCUGACAUGUGCACCAACGCCCGGCGUGUCGUACGGAAGAGCUGGAUCCCCAAACUCAAGCUGCUGAUGGCGGACAGCGACGCCUACUCAGCCUUCCUGGCCGACAGUGUGAAGAUGGAGGCCGACGCACUGGGGGUGGAGCAGGGCUUCGACCCCGCCUCCUUAGAGGCCGUCGCAGCGGCUGCCAACAAUAACGAAGCCUCAAGCGGGACCCUGCAAGUGGACGCCAUGCCGGGGGCAGGAGGAGACGGCAGCACUUUGUUUUGAACAGGUAGAUGUGACGGACCCAAUUCUCUGGGGGCAGCAAGUCCAGAACAUUGGCCACUGCAGUCUGGAUGACUGAGUUGUCCCGCCCCUCCCAGCCGCCCUGUCGCUGGGAAUCUGUUCCUUCUCUUUCUCUUUGGUCAGUUUCUUAUAUUUUCCUUUACUUUGCUUGUUUAGAGCCUGCUCUCUCUCCACAACUCCAAUUUUUUAUUUUCAUCUGAUGGAGACAGACAGAAAGGCAGGGCCAAAGGUAGCAGAGCAACGAAUGUGAAACCCCCCCAACACCUGUUCAUUCCUCUGCAACCUUUCUCUGCUUUUAGUUCUAGAUUUUUAAAGCUUUUAUCGUCACUAAGGCCCUUUUCCUUCACGAUCAGUCACAGACAUUGGGAGGGCUGUCAGUGAGUUUAAAUCCUGUUUGGAGAGAGUGAUAUUAGCAACCCCCCCCCCCCCCC